CUUCACACUUCUAGCUUGCCAAAAGAAGAAAGUGAAUUUCAGGGGAAAUAAAAAAAACUCUCUCUAUUAUAAAUUAUAAUUCGGUGGUUUCUUCCUGUUCAUUCUCUGUCUUCUGGGCUGCAUUCAACGCAGACAGGUGGUAAAAUAUAUCUACUGCCUUGCAUAUUCGAAGCUGCAUGAAAGAUCUUGUCUUGAAUAUUCAUCAAUAACCAAAUAUUGUACACUCAUAUGAUCCAUCAAAAAGGGUGAUUGUGGUAGACACAAGUUUGAAACUGGAAAUGAGAAGGAGUUCCCUAGUUAAGAGCAUCAAUUCUGAAGAAUUUCAUGAGUUCAUCAUGGAUGUCAAAAUAAUGUGAGAUUCUUUGGGUAUUUGAAGAGACAAGUUUGUGGAAAAUAAGGUGUGAUGGAGAUAUCAUUGUUAGAAGUGCUUCUGAAAAACAUCUCUGCAUUUUUACAUAUAUCAAAAGAUGACAAAAUUAGCUCAGAUCCAGUUCAGAAGUACUACCAGAAGGCAGAAGAGAUACUAAAGCUGCUGAAGCCAAUACUUGAUACCAUUGUUAAUUCUGAAGUACCUUUUGAUGAAGUGCUUAAUAAGGAUUUCCAAGAAUUGGGUCAAUCUGUUGAUGAAUUGAAGGAGAUAUUUGAGAACUGGCAACCAUUGUCAAGCAAAGUUCAUUUUGUUCUGCAAAUUGAAUCAUUAACAUCGAAAAUUUGUUCUCUGGGCCUGAAUAGUUUUCAGCUGUUGAAGGCUUCCCAUCAACAACUACCAGAUGAAUUAAGUUCAUCAUCUCUUGAGAACUGCAUACAGAAAAUUAAACUUUCUGGGUAUGUACAAACAUCAUCUAUCAUUAAAGAAGCUAUAAGUGACCAGGAGGAGGGUGUUGGACCCAGCUCAGAGAUCCUGGUGAAAAUUUCUGACAGCCUGUGCUUGAGGUCCAAUCAGGAGAUUUUGAUUGAAGCAGUGGCCCUAGAGAAGUUAAAGGAGAAUGCUGAACAAGCUGAGAAAACUGCAGAAGCUGAGUUUAUUGAUCAAAUAAUCACCCUUGUGACCCGCAUGCAUGAACGCCUUGUUCUAAUAAAGCAGUCCCAGACAUAUAGCCCAGUCCCAAUACCUGCUGAUUUUUGUUGUCCUCUCUCUCUUGAGUUGAUGACAGAUCCGGUAAUUGUGGCAUCAGGGCAAACUUAUGAGCGGGCUUUCAUUAAAAACUGGAUUGAACUUGGGCUCACUGUGUGUCCCAAGACACAGCAGACUCUGGCUCACACUAAUCUCAUAACUAAUUACACUGUGAAGGCAUUAAUUGCAAAUUGGUGUGAGUCAAACAAUGUGAAGCUUCCUGAUCCCAUAAAGUCCAUGAGCUUCAAUCAGCCAUCACCACUUCUUGUGCAUGCAGAGUCUAUUACAUCCAGGGAGCAUGUUCUUUCUCAUCCAAGGGGCAGCCAGCCAAUAUCUUCUGAGUCAAAUCAGGCUACUGGUUCACCUGGUCAGAACAUGAUCUCUUCCAGUGGAAUCCAACGAGAGGGAAGUUCUCCACUACAUUCACAUUCUACUUCUGAGAGUUCCUUGUCAGUUAUAGUUGGAAAUGGCCAGGGUUUGGAUAUUGCAAGAAUAUCAUCAGUAAUGAGUUCUGAAGAAAGGUCCAGUAACUCAGAAGAGAGGAAUUUGGAUUCAGUUCACCACUGUUCUGCAUCACCAUCUAGAAAGGAAGUUUCAACUGCUGUUAGAGCUGAUGGUCUACUAUCUCAGAACCAUAAUAGAAGUGCAUCGGCCUCCAGUGCACUUGGUCAUGCAGCUUUUCCUCAAGGAGCCUCAGGAGAUGCCAAUGAAUCUUCCGAGUUCUCAAACCAUCUUACAUCCUACAGCAGUGAUAUUUCUGGGGAGGUAAAGCCAGAGCCACAGGCAUCUUCUGCCUUGCACACCCCACACAGAGAACCUGAGUUCCCAUCCCGUUUGGUUGAUACACGAUCUAGAAGCCAAACAAUCUGGCGCCGGCCUUCUGAUAGGCUUGUGCCAAGGAUAGUUUCUUCUUCAGCUAUUGAAACAAGAGCUGAUCUUGCUGGCAUUGAAACAGAAGUUCGGAACCUGGUCGAGGACUUGAAGAGCACUUUGGUUGAUACUCAAAGAGAAGCAACAGCUAAACUUAGGCUGCUUGCUAAACACAACAUGGAUAACCGGAUUGUUAUAGCAAAUUUUGGGGCCAUUAGCUUACUGGUCAACUUGCUUCGCUCAACAGACAUAAAAAUUCAGGAAAAUGCUGUCACAGCACUUCUUAACUUAUCAAUUAAUGAUAACAACAAAACAGCGAUUGGCAAUGCAGAUGCUAUUGAACCCCUGAUUCAUGUCCUUGAAACAGGAAGCCCUGAGGCUAAAGAGAACUCAGCUGCCACACUCUUUAGUCUCUCUGUGAUCGAGGAUAACAAGGUCAGGAUUGGAAGGUCUGGGGCAAUUGUACCGCUGGUUGAUUUACUGGGCAAUGGAACACCCAGGGGGAAGAAAGAUGCAGCCACAGCUUUGUUUAACUUGUCAAUAUUUCAUGAAAACAAGGACCGGAUUGUACAAGCUGGUGCUGUUAAACAUCUUGUGGAAUUGAUGGACCCGGCAGCUGGGAUGGUUGACAAGGCAGUUGCUGUUUUGGCAAAUCUUGCGACGAUUCCAGAGGGAAGGAAUGCUAUUGGUCAGGAGGGUGGGAUCCCUGUUCUGGUUGAGGUUGUCGAGUUGGGUUCUGCAAGAGGGAAGGAAAAUGCAGCCGCUGCUCUCUUGCAGCUUUGCACAAAUAGUAGUAGGUUUUGCCACAUGGUGCUCCAAGAAGGUGCUGUCCCACCAUUAGUGGCUUUGUCUCAAUCUGGUACUCCAAGGGCUAAAGAAAAGGCACAGGCCCUUCUUAGCUUUUUCAGAAACCAACGGCAUGGUAAUGCUGGAAGGGCUUGAUACAAGACAGACAACCUGUCAAAGUGAUUGAAGGUUUUGAUUCAAGUUAUAUACAUAAUGUGUGUACAUUUGAUGUGGCAAAUAAUGCAUAUGAAGGUUUUUCUGCUUGGAUUCUUUCAUGAUUUGUAGAGAAAUUUGAUUUAUGGAGGGUGCGAAUGAGGCAUCUUGUGAAAAGCUUUUUACACGUGAACGUGGAAAGAAAAAUAUAAAAUUGGCUAUUCAGAGAGCCUGAGCAAUGCGAUGAUGGAUGCUGUUCCAUGUUAUUUA